AUACUCCAGAUUUUUAAUUAAAAAAAAUGCACCCGAGUGGACGUACUGCAUCCUCCACCUUGUCUUUUCGAGAUGGCUCAUACCUUCACAGUCCUAGCGGCGGAUAUAAAGCCCAACACCUCCAUCAUGUGGCGGAGCAGCAUAUGGACAGUGUUCAGAAAGCACAAGAGAAACUUCAAAGCCUUUCUGUGGAGGAUACAACAGAGAUGCUGCGGUCCAGGAUAGAUGAACAGUCAGGUCUUAUCUGCAUACUGAAACAUCGAGCUGAUGAGCUGCUUCUUCGAUGUCAAGCUCAACAGAAAAUCAAUACUGAGCUGGAAGGCCAACUAACAGACUGCCGGCAGGAACUGGACUGUGAAAGAAAGAAAGGAGAGCUCAUAGAGAAGAGAUUCAUGGAUUUAGCUGCUAACAAUCAAGCAAUUAUUGCAUUCAUGGAUGACCAUAAAAAUCAGAAUGCCCAGUUAAAGCUGGAAAACGAAAAGCUGCAGUCAGAAAAUGAUUCGCUUUUCUCCCAAAAACUGCAAGAAAAAGAAGUGUACGUUCAAAAAUUGUUGCAAGACAUCAAACAGCUGACGGAGAAAUACACAAAUCAGGAAAAUGAAUAUCGGGAGAAAUUGGCUGGAUGCCAGUCGAAAAUCCUGGAACAAGCAGCUGAGCAUCAAGCUAAGGAGGAAUCACUUCUUGAUCAGUUGUAUAACGCUCAGAAACAGCAAAGAGAUGUUGUAGAGAUGUGCCAAGACUUGAAGCUGAAGCUACAAAAAUCUGAAGAAGAGCAUGCUUUGAAGGAAAAUGAUGUGAGAGAAAGCAUAACAAGACUCACCAAAGAGAAGGAUAAGUUAUUAAGUCUGUCUAUGGAAAGGGGGAAAGUAAUACAGGAUAAACAAGAGGAAGUCCAGCAGCUGGAAAUGAAAUGGAAAGAAGAGAAAAAAGCCCGGGUCGAAGCAGAGGACAGGUUUGAACAGGAAGCAGAAGCCGUUAAUGCAGACCUGAAAGUGAAGUCUCUCCAGUCCGCUCUUGAUGAAUCCACACUAAAAUUUAGGAUGUUCAAAAAGGAUUUUGAAGCCUUCAAAGAACACAGCACCAAACUUCUCACACAAGAAAGAGAGUUAAAUAAGAAACUUUUCCACAUGACGGGCUAAACUUGGGUAUUAUCGAAGUGUAUGUUUUCUUACCAACAUUGUCAUCAAAAAUAAUUCCCACCAAGAAUAUUUGGUUACUGACAUCACCAAUAAAGAAAAAAGGCAAUAAUAAGGGUUUAUAUAUAU